AUGGCGUUGAGAUGCACUAUCCACUCGCCAUACCGCACCGCCUCGGCCCGCGCCACCGUUCUCCUGGGCGCCGCCGCCUUCCGCCUGCUGCGGGACAACCAGCUGGCCAAGGGCGACGCGCUGGCCGUGGCGCAGCUGGCCGGCGUCAUGGCCUCCAAGCGCACGGCGGAGCUCGUCCCCCUCUGCCACCCGCUGCCCCUGGACCACGCCGCGGUGGGCCUGGAGCUGGACCCGGCGCGCCACGCCGUGUUGGUCACCGCCAGCUGCCGCACAACGGGCCGCACCGGCGUGGAGAUGGAGGCGCUGACGGCGGCGGCCGUGGCGGCGCUGACCCUGUACGACAUGUGCAAGGCGGUGAGCCACGACAUCGUCAUCAGGGUGCAGCUGGUCCACAAGACGGGCGGGAAGCGGGACUUCCAAAAUAUUUACAUUUUUAGAUUAAAGUAGGCUACCUUUGUCAUUGUCACACACAAAUCUUCAGUUUGUUAAAAAGCAAUUAUCAUU